AACAUGUAGUGUUUGUAAAACGUAUUUGACCCUCUGCUUUCGUCUUCUCAUCAAAGUUCUAUGUUCCAUCUUCACUUUCCCAUCUCACAACUUAGACGUCAAUCAAUCUUUGUUUGUAGUAAGUAUUACCCAUUGGGUAUACAAAUGGAGAAACCUUAAAUGCAAUGGAACUCUUCCUCCCGGUUCAAUGGGUUGGCCGCUACUCGGUGAAACUCUACAAUUCAUCGCCCCAAGUCACACGUUGGAUACUUCGGCUUUCAUUAAGAAAAGGAUAAAAAGAUACGGAUCUAUAUUUCGAACUAGUUUGUUUGGUUCACGAGUUAUAGUAUCAACUGAUUCGGAACUUAGUUAUAUGGUGUUCCAACAAGAAGGCCGAUCCUUUGAAAGUUGGUAUCCACCGAGAUUUAGAAAGGUAUUAGGGAACCAAAGUCUAGCUUUUAUGCAUGGAAGCUUGCGUAAGUAUCUCAAAAACAUGGUGCUAACUGUAAUCGGUCCCCAAAGCCUUAAAAAUAUAUUUUCAGAAGUUGAAACUGUAGCAACAGGAAACAUGGAGAGGUGGGUUAGCCAGGAAACAACGGAAUUGAAAACUGCAGUUGCAGAUAUGAUAUAUGAGUUCAUGGGGAAAAAAAUGAUAAGUUAUGAUCCUGCGGAGAAGCCUUCUGAGAAUUUAAGAGAGAAUUAUGAAGCUUUUGUUCGAGGACUAUACUCAUUUCCUUUGGAGAUACCUGGAACUGCUUAUUACAAGUGUUUACAGGGAAGAAAGAAGGUGAUGAUGAUGCUUAAGAACAUGCUACAAGCAAGACAGGCUAAGCCAAAUGAGGUCCAAAAUGAUUUCUUUGAUUAUGUUAUUGAAGAACUCAAGAAAAAUGAUACAACCCUUACAGAAGAAAUUUCUUUGGACUUGAUAUUUGGGCUAUUGUUUGCUAACCAUGAAUCAACUUCCCAAGCGAUAACAUUAGCAAUCAAGUUUCUAACAGAUAAUCCUCGAGCACUGAAGGAAUUGGCGGAAGAACACGAGCUAAUUUUAAAAAAGCGAGAAAAACCGGAGGCUGGACUUACAUGGGAAGAAUAUAAAUCGAUGACAUUCACUUUUCAGAUUAUUAACGAAACACUACGGUUGGGUAACAUAGCUCCAGUAGCGUUCAGCAAAGCAUUAACGGAUAUCAAGUUCAAAGACUACACUAUCCCAUCUGGUUGGGUGGUGAUGGUAUGUUCCCCAGCCGUCCAUUUAGACCCUGUUAACUAUAAGGAUCCACUAAAGUUCAAUCCAUGGAGAUGGGAGGGGAUGGAAUUGAAAGGUUCUUCAAAGACUUUCAUGGUUUUUGGAGGCGCCCAGAGGUAUUGUGUUGGAGCAGAUUUGGCUAGACUUCAAAUGGCCAUCUUUUUGCAUUGCCUAGUGACCAAAUAUUGGUGGCAACCAAUCAAAGGAGGAGAUAUUGUACGAACUCCAGCUUUACAGUUUCCUAAUGGAUUUCAUGUUCAGUUCUUUGAGAAAGAUAAACAACAAUAAGAUCGAUCCAAUUAACAUCUGGAACAGUUAGUCAUAUCAUAGAAAUAUCAACUUUCAUUUAAAUAAAGAGAUGGGGAGAGUUUCACCUCGUAUUUGCGAUUCAUGUAUCUCAGUUAAAGACCUUUGUCAUAAAAUGGAAUAUAAUGUUAAAUGUA